AUAUACUUUUGGCUCUCGGUCGAGCGUCAGUAUAGAGCCGCAUGCCAUACGCGCAGCGCACGGGUCGUCUCCACAUAUAUACACCUUGUAAAGUUUCUCACGCUUGCAUCAUACCUGCAACGCGCCAGCGCGUGUGUCACUCGACGAAUAAAAAAUCAAGUGUCGAUUAUUAACCGAUUUUUAUAUAUCGUUGCCCUUUUCAUAUAUAUAUAGCGACGAAAGGCAAAUCGCAGCAGCAUCGUAUCUACGUAAUCCAACGACAGCAAAGCCGUCGCGUUGCAGCAGCAGCAGCAGAGAAAUAUGUGGAGCUGGCCAGCCUGCAGCCCCCGCGACAAAUAUCCUCGUACAGCAGCAGCAACAACAAUUACGAAAAGCUCCGGUACUUGCGGCCGGAUAAGCAGCAGCAUCGACAAUUGCGAAGCUCCCCUGCUGACUCUAUGACACGCGUGGUGCCCUCGACUUGACGCCUCUUCUUCCUGAUAUCGAGGACGCUGUGAAUCAAAUUUUGACAAAAAGAGAAUAGCUAUAUUUUCUAGUGUAUAGAAAAUCGAACGGACGAUCGGAACGAGCUCCGUUUUGAUUACGUUCGUACCACUUGACUCGAGAGUUCGUGUGCGUGAUUAUCGAAUUGUCAUCAUUGUGUUACGCUCUGUCUAGUAGAGCGCACGGCUCGAAAGAGUGUCCAAAAAAGUUUUUCGCGCGAUCGCGAAACAUCGUUGUUGCAUCAUAUAUAUACACACACAGGCCGGCGCAACAGCCAAGCGCACGUGCCCAUUGGUAUAUACAGCAUUUAUAUAUACAUUCCAUUAUAAUAUAUAUAUACACACACGAAAGUCUGCCAAAACCGUACGGGGAGAGAACGAGAGAGAGAGACGGAAUAAUCACAAUAAUAAUACAAGUGUAUCGUAGCGCGCUCGAAGAGAAUUCUACACAUCAUGGGACACAUACCGGACGAGAAGCAGAAGAACGGCAAAGCGCAGGCGGUGGUGGUGCGGCUCAGCCCCCCGUCGCCGCCGUUGAGCCUCGUCCCCGAGAACAAUAGGGAGAUCGUCGCCGCCGAUAUCUCGACGACGUCGUCGGUGGCGCCCGACGGUGGCUGGGGAUGGGUCGUCGUGUUCGCCUGCUUCAUGGUUCAUCUGCUGACCGACGGCGUGGUGUACUCGUACGGCUUCUUCCAGAAGGAGUACGUGCGUCAAUUCGAGGUGACGCAGCACGCGGCCUCGUGGGUCGCCUCGCUGCUCGUCGGCACGACCUUCUGCGCGGGUCCGCUCUCGAGCUACCUCAUCAAGAAGCUCGGCUGGACCGCGACGACGAUCGUGGGCACCCUGCUGGCUGCGGGCUGCCUCUUCGCCACGGCCUACGCCCGAUCGCUGGCGCUGGUCUACGUGACGGGUGGCGUGGGCACGGGUCUCGGCUUCGGCCUCAUCUAUCUCACGGCCAUCGACUCGGUCUCCAAGUACUUCGACAAGAAUCGCACCCUGGCCACGGGCAUCGGCGUGUGCGGCUCGGGCUUCGGCACGGUCGUCUACGGCCCGCUCAUCGGCUACCUGCUCGUCUGCUUCGGCGAUUAUCGCUGGGUCAUGCUCGUGCUCUCGGGCAUCAUACUCGUUUGCAUCGUGCUCGCCUUCGUGUUCAAGCCGCUCAAGCAGCUGCCACCUACUACUACUACCAACAACAAACCGUUACAGGAGGGAGAUGUUAAGAAGGAGGAUAAGAGCAAGCUCAAGCUCGCGCUGCUGCGCGAUCCCGUCCUGCUCAUCUACAUGUUCUCCAAUUUUUUCACCAACGUCGGCUACAACGUGCCCUACGUCUUCAUGGAGAAGCUCGCCGAGCAGCACGGCAUGAGCCAGGCGUCGACCCUCCUCAUCGUCAUCGGCGUGGCCAACGUCGUCGGCCGCGCCGGCAUCGGCUGGGGCGCCAACAAGCCCUGGGUCGAUCGACUCCUCGUCUACAACAGCUGCUUGCUCGUCUGCGGCAUCGCCACGGCGUUGAGCCCGUUCUGCGCCAACUUCCCGCUGAUGGCCAUCUACGCGGCGGUCUUCGGCUUCACCACGGGCGGCUUCGUCACCCUGACCUCCGUCUGCCUGGCUGAUCUCGUGGAGCGCGACCGUUUCACGGACUCGCUGGGCCUGGUGCUGGCCGCCCUGGGCGCGGGCUCGUUCGCCGGUCUGCCCUUCGCCGGCUUCCUCAUCGACCACUUCGUCGUGGCGGACGUCGCCUUCCACGUGGCCGGCGUCACUCUGGCCAUCAGCGGCUCCAUGCUCUACGUCAUACCCUGGCUGGUGCGUAGACGCAACGGCGGCAGCAGCAGCGAGGCCGAGAUCAAUACCGUUGUCUAGCGAGCGAUUUUUGCGUACGAUUCGCUCGUUUUAUGUUAUACGCUCUUUUAGGUAUUUUUUUGUUUUUAACGGCUUUCGAGCGUACGAAACACUCGAUCGGCGGCUAGAAAGCAUCGAUGUGAUUGGUGAUUUUUAGUCUUGUCGAAAGGCGUCGUUCAUUUCUUUCUGCAUUGAAGCGCUACUUUUUUACUUAUAUGAACCACUUGUCGUUUAUAAAAAAAAAAAAAGAAACAAGCCAAUUGCAACAACGACGAUGCAUAAAUGUAUAAGAUUUUAUAUGGCACAUAUUUGUCGAAAAGAAACAAGAUGUAGAGAGUUUGAAUAAACGAUUGAGUUAAUUUUUAACAAUAAAUAAACAAAUAACCA